CAUGGGACUUUUGAAGGUGAUUCGCAAGGGCAAGGCACUGGAGCAGGAAAUUCGCGUCCUUUUGCUUGGCCUUGAUAACGCGGGGAAGACAACUAUUUUAAAGUGCCUCAAUGGCGAGGACAUAUCGCGCGUUGAGCCUACUUUAGGCUUCAACAUAAAGACGUUGGAACAUAAUGGAUAUCAGGUAAACUUCUGGGACGUCGGUGGUCAAAAAACUAUCCGUUCAUUUUGGCGCAAUUAUUUUGAGAGUACUGACGCGUUGGUUUGGGUUGUGGACUCGGCUGAUGUGUUACGUGUGGAUGAUUCCCGGAGGGAGAUAGACUCGAUUUUACGCCAGGAUCAAAUGUCUCAAUGCACGCUGCUUGUUUUGGCCAAUAAACAAGAUGUGUCUGGUGCCUUGAGUGUUCAGGAGAUACAAGAGCGUUUGGGUUUAGAACACGUUACCAACGAGCGCAGCUGGCGUAUCCACGGUUGCAGUGGUGUAACUGGAGAGGGUAUUAUCGAGGGUCUCGAGUGGCUUGUGAAUGACGUUGCUCGUAGAAUUUACACAUUGGACUAUGUGAAGCGUUGAU